AUGGCUAUCGCCGGGGCUCAACGGAAGCAGAUAUUGAAGGUGUUGAUGCUAUCGUUGGUGCUAGACCUGAUAUCCUUUACAUUCAUCCUCCCGCUUUUCCCCUCCCUACUCUCAUUCUACCGCGCGCAAGAUCCAUCCCCAGACUCCCUCCUCAACCGCAUCUUCCACUACCUAAACGCCUACAAGAAUUCCUUCGCGCGCCCAAUUGAUUCCCGCUAUGACAUCGUCCUACUCGGCGGAGCUCUGGGCUCUCUAUUCUCCCUCCUACAGGCAUUCGCUGCACCCGUCAUAGGCCGUCUAUCGGAUCGCCAUGGGCGUCGUCGCGCCCUGCUCAUCUCCAUGCUUGGCAACGUUGCCAGCGUCGCGCUCUGGGUGUCUGCCAGGGACUUCCGGACCUUCCUGGCCAGUCGCAUUGUCGGCGGAUUGAGCGAAGCGAAUGUUCAAAUGGCAAAUUCUAUCGUGGCGGAUAUUACAGACGAGCAGCACCGUGGUUCCUCCAUGGCAUUGGUUGGCGCUUGCUUCAGUGUUGCGUUCACUUUUGGACCUGCGCUUGGAGCUGCGCUUAGCACCGUUGAUCUGGUUGCGGAGAACCCGUUCUUCGUUGCGGCUAUUGUAUCCCUUGUUCUGAUCGUCGUUGAGACGGUGUAUCUCUGGGCUUGUCUGCCUGAAACGCAUCCUCGCUUGACCAAGCUUCAAGUCGAGGGUGGAGGUGUCUCGGCUGAGAAGAGUGAUGCGUCGAACAUUAAGAAAGAGGAGAAGAGCGAUGCUUCCAAGCGUAUUCAUACGAAUAAUCCGGCAUUGCUGAAUGCCCUUCACUUCCUUUUCCUCCUCCCUUUCUCCGGCUUGGAAUUCUCCCUCCCGUUUCUUACUACAACCCUCUACGCCGGAACAGGCUCGACUACCAGUCCUGCUGCCUUAAAUGGACGGCUUUUAUCCUUGAUGGGCUUGAUCGCAUCCCUUCUUCAGGGUACGCUGGUGCGUCGACUCCCGCCGCUGAUUACCCUUCGCGUCGGCGUCGUGGCGUGUGCCAUCUCCUUCUUCUGUCUUGCUCGUGUCUCUUCGCCAUCGGGUCUCUACGCUGCUGGCGCUUUGCUUGCUGUAACUACCGCUACGGUUGUCACCUCACUCAACAGCCUGGGCAGCUUCGAGGCGCAGGAUGUUGACCGCGGCGCGGUCAUGGGUCGUUUACGGGGGUGGGGCCAGGCAGGUCGGGCAACCGGUCCUAUUGUAUUUUGCUCUCUAUUUUGGUGGGCUGGGCGUGAGGCUGCUUACAAUAUUGGCGGAUUGGCCAUGUGUGUUGUAGUAGUUGCGGUUUUCGGCUUGUUGAAGUCGCCGCAUAGAAAGACCGAGUGA